AUGUCCAGCCCAGGGCUCCUGCUCCUGCUCUUGCUGCUGUCAGCGUCACCACCGCUGCGACCCUCCUCGCUGGCACCGCCGGAAACCCCAGAAGGCAAAGCCACCAUCACAGGCCUCAUCCUCUCCGCGCUGGAGAGAGCCAUUUCCUUCCUGGAGAAGAGGCUGCCUGAAAUCAACCUGGAUGGCGUGGUGGGGUUCCGGGUGCUGGAAGUGCAGCUAAAAGGUGUUCGGGAAAAAUGGGCUCGGGACCCCCAGCUGCAGCCGCUGAGCCUGAGUGUGGGGAAGCUGGUGGAAAAACUAGCACCUCUCCUUCACAGAUCCAUUUUCCACCUCGAGCUGAGCGACCCUAAGUACCUAAGAGAGUUCCAAUCAACCAUCCAGCCUGGGUUUUGGAAGCUUCCGCGUGCCUGGACCUGCACAGAUGCCUCCAUGGUCUACCCCACUUUUGAGACUCAGGACUCCUUCUCAGAGGAAAGCAGUGACUCGUGUCUGGUGCAGCUGCUGGGAACAGGGACCGACGGUGGCCAGCCCUGCAGGCUCUCAGACUUCUGCAGGACCCUCAUGACCAAGCCCGGCUGCUCAGGCUAUUGCCUGUCUCACCAGCUGCUCUUUUUCCUCUCAGCCAGAUUGGUGGCGCUGUACAGCUUUGAGCAGUGGAAGCAGGUCGGCUUGGGGGACAGGCCUGUAGGAGGUCCUCUGUCUUUGCUUCCAGUCAUGUUCUGUGGAAUCAGUGGCUUCUCAGACUUCUACAAGCUCUGGUGGCUGGAGGCCAUUCUCAACUGGCAGAAGCCAGAGGAAGGAUGCUUCGGGAGGCCUGCUGCUGAAGAUGAAGAAUUAUUGACAGCCAUUCAACACCAACAGCACAUUUUAAGAAGAGUGAAGAGGCGAGAAAAACAAUUUACAGAUGGCUGCUCCUCCCACAACACAGCCAUGGCUGUCGCAGCCCUGGGUGGCUUCCUCUACGUCCUGGCAGAAUACCCCCAGCAAAUGGAGAGCUGUGGCAGUCCGCACUGGCACGACCCAGCGGCCACUGAGACAAAUGGUUCCACUCCUGCCCCUGGAAGAUAA